AUGACGCGGGACGAGGCACUUCCAGACUCGUACUCAGCACAGGGUUUCUAUGAGAACUAUGAGCCCAAGGAGAUCCUGGGCAGAGGAGUUAGCAGCGUCGUCAGGCGCUGCAUCCACAAGCCCACGCGCAAGGAGUACGCUGUGAAGAUCAUUGACGUCACUGGUGGAGGCAGCUUCAGCUCUGAGGAGGUGCGGGAGCUGCGAGAGGCCACGCUGAAGGAGGUGGACAUCCUGCGCAAGGUCUCAGGGCUCCCCAACAUCGUACAGCUGAAGGACACUUACGAGACCAACACUUUCUUCUUCUUGGUGUUUGAUCUGUACCACAGGAUGAAGAGAGGGGAGCUCUUUGAUUACCUCACUGAGAAGGUCACUCUGAGUGAGAAGGAAACCAGAAAGAUCAUGAGAGCCUUGCUGGAGGUUAUCUGCAACUUGCACAAACUCAACAUUGUGCAUCGGGAUCUGAAGCCCGAGAACAUCCUCUUGGAUGAUGACAUGAACAUCAAGCUUACAGACUUUGGUUUUUCCUGCCAGCUGGAGCCAGGAGAGAAGCUUCGAGAGGUCUGUGGGACUCCCAGUUACCUGGCCCCUGAGAUCAUUGAAUGCUCCAUGAACGAUGACCACCCAGGCUAUGGGAAGGAGGUGGACAUGUGGAGCACCGGGGUCAUCAUGUACACCCUGCUGGCUGGCUCCCCGCCCUUCUGGCACCGGAAACAGAUGCUGAUGCUGAGGAUGAUCAUGAGUGGCAACUACCAGUUUGGCUCACCUGAAUGGGAUGAUUAUUCAGACACUGUGAAGGACUUGGUUUCCCGAUUCUUGGUGGUGAACCCCCAGGGCCGCUAUUCAGCAGAAGAGGCCUUAGCGCAUCCCUUCUUCCAGCAGUAUGUGGUGGAAGAAGUGCGUCACUUCAGUCCCCGGGGCAAGUUCAAGGUGAUCGCUCUAACUGUACUGGCUUCAGUGCGGAUCUAUUACCAGUACCGCCGGGUGAAGCCUGUGAGCCGGGAGAUCAUCAUCCGUGACCCCUAUGCCCUCCGGCCUCUGCGCCGACUCAUCGAUGCCUAUGCUUUCCGGAUCUAUGGACACUGGGUGAAGAAGGGACAGCAGCAGAACCGGGCUGCCCUCUUCGAGAACACACCCAAGGCUGUGCUCCUCUCCCUGGCUGAGGAGGACUACUGAGGGGCUGGCAGGCGGGAAGGUAGGGUGGGGGGCAGGCGAGGAGGCAAAGUCACAGAAAU